GGAGCCGCCAGUGCGCGUGCGCCUUGCUCUGAGCAACCGUUGCCGGGCAUGCGCAUUGCUGCCCGCCAUUCCGGGAGUGGUACUGAGAUCGACUGGUCAGGGUCGCUUUCUCUCUGUCCUGAGCGUCCUCGCUACCUGACUUGAAGCAGUAGGUCCCCAAAUCAGUCCUUCCGGGACCUUAAGUGUGAGCAAGCGUCAUUUCACUCAUCCUCGUGGUCGUGCCGGGGCAGGGUGAAACAUGAGUGGCCGUGUGAGAUCCAGAUCCAGAUCCAAACAAGGAAGAGAGGAUCGAGGAUCUGCCCAGCCAGCUGCGCGUGUGGUUACACCGCCCCCCACACAGGCCGAGCAGCUGAAACCAAAGGAGAAACCAACUAAGACUCAGGAUAUUAUACCCGAUCAAGGGAAAGAAGUUGAAGGAGCACCUGUUAUUCAAGGGCCUGAAAUGAAAUCUGAACUACAGGAAGUGGCUCAGCCAAUGACUGGGGAUAAAAGCGAAGAUGGUCCUGAUGUGAAAGGGCUGAAAAUUCCAAACCUAGAGCCCAUUAAAAUGCCAGAAGCAGGUGAAGGGCAAUCACAGGUGUAAACAAAAACAAGCUGGAACUAUCAAACUGUUCUGAUGGCAGAUAUUUGACUCUUAAAAUUCUCUUAAUAAAGUUUUGAACACUCUGCAAAGAAUCUUA